AUGCCUGUGAUUCAAGUUGCCAUCCCCCGCCUCACCGCACCUCGCCGCAACAUCAUGCUGACCAGCUCGGACGACCCCGCCACUUUCCAGACCUUCCUGAAAACGCGUGGCAUAACUCUGCCAGUGUUAAGCAACACCACAUAUCCUGCGCCUGCGGGAUCGGCCUCUGCCCCAGCAAAUCGGACCGGCGCCAGAACGUCGUUGCCUGCCUCGGACAGCCUUUUUACCCCCCUGGAUCGGACAAUCUUGCGGUCGCUGGCUCUCCCUUACCUCCUCUUCUUCCCCGGCUGUGCAUGCUUCGAGUUUUUUCCUUGUUCUUCCUCUGACUUCAUCCUCAGUAUUGCUGAGAAGGACAUGUCUGACUCAGAAAUCUCUGUCCGAGCUAAGCUCAGAUUGCUGACCGCCGACUACAACGAGCUCGAGACUGCACAGAAGGCACUUGUUGCGAAUUACGAACAAAUGGAGGACGAACUCGAAUUCACGACCGAACGAAACAAACCGUCUGCGCAAGUGGAGCUGGAGACCGAACUGGUUACGGCGCACGAGAGUUAUCUGAAGAAGAGUGCACAGCUCGACAAAGCGACUGGUCAAAUUAAGUCGCUACAAAAAUCAUGCCAUGCUCUCUACAAAAACAGCAAGGCCUCCCAAAGUGAAGUCAAACGGCUGGAGGUCGACAAUCAGUUGCUACUUCAAGAUAUGGCUGGUAUAAAGCUGGUGUUGCACAACGCCCAGGUCGCGCUCACGGAGGCUCAUGAGCAGUCGAACACCAAUAUUUCCGCUCUGACAGGGCUCAACCGUGCCCUGGAGGAUGCGUUGGAGAUGCUGGAUCCGCAUUCAGACGCUGUUGAUGUGUCGAUGGACUCACUCGAUGUUUCUCAGGACGAAAUACAAGUCGACAACCCCGAGCCCCAACGAUAUCGCAAAAGUGGCCUACCUGACCGCCGGAGACAUCCACCUGCCAAGCUUAACGACGCCGCCCCUCCCCCGCCCACCUCGUAUUCGCCAACACGCACCACGCCGCAAUGUUGGGUCCGAACUGAGCCCAACAAGUUCGGCCUUUACAAGGUUUAUCCACGCCGUCCUACCCACGAUCCCGACGAGACGAUUACUCUUGACGAUCUCUACCAUGCUGCAAAGCCAACUGCCAGCCACAUUGACUGGAACAAUUUGCCCCUUCCCAAAGAACCGUGGUAUUAUUCAUUUCCAAACGCCUCCGUCGCCCACAUAAUCAAGUACCACGUGGAAGAAGAAAAUGCGGGGUCUAUUGAGUCCGACGGAGUCAACUUGCACGACCUUCCGCGCCCAUUCUCAACCAAAAAAUUUCUUGACGACCUGGACAAGAAAGGGAUUGAGCCCCUCGGAGUUACUGAGGAGUGGAUUAACUCCAGUGUCCAGCUCAAGCUGCCCUGCGUCGGACACCCUCAGAAAGAAGACGACGCCCCAGUAUUCACUGUCACGGACAUUCACUAUCGUUCUCUCCUCGACUCAAUCCGAGAAGUUUUACAGGAAUCACCAGACAUUGUACUCUACGACCCCGCAACCCCGCUAAAUUCAGAUGGCCUGCCCACCCUUCCCUCGCAUCAUGAGGAAGUAUUUGGGGAGAUUUAUACCUCUGCAGCAAUGCUUGAGGCGUUUCAAGCAAUUCCUCAACCUCCCCCUCCGCAAUCACCAGACGAUCCUGUGGAAAGCAUCAUCAUGGCACUGAUGAUAUGGUCCGACGCCACACAUCUGGCCCAAUUUGGAACGGCUUCGCUCUGGCCGGGCUACACCUUCUUUGGAAAUCAUCCCAAGGAAUUUCGAGCAAAGCCAUCUUCAAACGCUGGCUUUCAUCAAGCUUACUUUGCAAGUCUCCCUGACUCAAUUCAUGAUGAAUACUGUCAACACUACGGAUGUGAUAUGUCAGACAAGGUCUACACCCACCUAAAACGAGAAUUGUUCCAUCGAAUCUGGGACCUUUUACUCUCAGAGGAUUUCUUGGACGCUUAUGAAAAUGGCAUCAAGAUAACUGAGCAGCGCCAAUCCAUCGGCAAUCCUCUAAUAUCUGCCCAGGGUCCUGCUGGCCACGAUCAGGAGCAUGGGUGGCCGGCCUUGCCCCCGCUGUUUCAUCGCGCCAAGUUCUUAGAGUUGAUGACCAUCCCUGACGCCAAAACCAUCGAAGAUGCCAGGAGGGCCAUCUUUGAGAACGGCUUCGCUGUUGCGGGCUCUUCUAUCAACAAAAUGCUUAAACAAAAUUCUUGGGUCCCAGUCCGGAACACCUUCUCCAAACUCAACACCGACAAAACACCCUUCAAUUUCUAUGACAUGUUGGUGCCAGACCUACUACACGAAGUGGAACUUGGAGUCGCAAAAGCAAUAAUAACUCAUCUGAUUCGAAUGCUCCAAACCUUUGAGAACUGCAUCCUUCCCGUCAUCGAUGGGCUUUUCCCUCUCCACCAAAAACUCGUAAAUCAGCUCUGCUUUGAGCUGGCGCUUUGGCAUGGGUAUGCUAAGCUUCGUAUGCACACCACCACCACCAUAGGCCUGUUCCAAACAGCAACCACUGACCUUCUUACGACCAUUCGGGCGUUUCGCAAGGGAGACGGUAAACAUCAAAACCUACGAGCUGCCCCGCGAACAACGUCAGAGGACCAAGAGGGCCCAAAAGGCAGCAGCGGCAGCAGCGGAACAGCCGUCUGCAUCUGCUGCAGUCCCUCAUCAACCCACCAAAAGAAAGGCUAA